AUGGCCACGGCGAUACACGUGCCAAGAGACCAGUCGCAGCAAAAACUCCCAUUACCUUCUCAGCAGCAGCAGCCACAGUGCACCAUGGUCACCAUGCAGCAACAAAUGGACGAUGACAUGCUCAUCGAUCCGCGCAUGGCUCUGCCCCUAUACGGCAUCAAGUCGACAGACAAGGAUGCCGCCAGCGACUCCCCGAGCCAGUUCAUGAUGACCCCGCGCAUGUUCGCCUCGGACAAUGACGACGCUUUUGACAACACCGUCGACUUCCUGUUGCAAGACGCUGCUGAAGCCGCCGACACGGGAGGCAGCCUUGAAACGGCGGCACCGCACAUCAUAUCGCCACCCGAAACCGUAUCUCACAGCACACCCCCUUCGGAAGUGGCGCCCGCAGAAGCCGCGGCACCCUCCUCCAAGAAGACGUCGACUUCAUCGUCAUCAGCGACGCCGACGACAAGGGCGAGUAAACGAAAGCGCACUCGCGCCGCAACCGCCGCCGACAGCGACAACGGUGGCAACAACAAGCGCGCAGCUCAGCAAUCGGCCUCUGCCUCUACAACGUCGGCAACGCCCAAGCGAGGGUCCGAGUCGCGAGGCGGGGACGCCAAACGCACGCACUGCCUCGAGCGCAACCGCAUCGCCGCCAGCAAAUGCCGCGAGAAGAAGAAGCAGUGGGUGCACGACCUCGAGGCGCGCAAGUCGGAGCUCGAGGCCCAGCACGCGGGCCUGCACGCCGAGUUGGCGAGUCUCACCGAUGAGGUGACGCAGAUCAAGAACUACCUAAUGGACCACGCCAGCUGUGGCGAUGCCAAUAUCGACCUAUGGAUUGAGAAUGAGGCGCUGCGCUUUGUCCAUCGCAGCGUCAACGGGCCAGCCCAGUCGCAACCGCAGCAACAAGUCGAUGUCGGCGCGAGCCGCCACUCCAGCAUCGGCAGUCUGGCCUCUACGGCAAUUCACAGCCGCAAUGACUCCAUCGGGCAAGCAUCCACGGCGCAAACGGACGAGUCGAGUCUCCCAUCGCCGAUACUCAAGACGGAGCCCAUCAACUACGACUACAUGCCCGAGGAGAUGUUCCAGGACGCGACUUGA